AUGACGACCGAUAUAGCCGUGCGAGGUCACGAUUACAAUGGUCGGAUCGAGGAUUAUGAGGAGUACGAUGAGAAUUCUUCUGCCAGACUCUUCGAACGUUCACGCAUCAAAGCUCUCGCUGAUGAGCGUGAAAAUGUUCAGAAAAAAACUUUUACCAAAUGGGUAAAUUCACAUCUUUUGCCCAUAAACUGCAAAAUACACGAUUUAUAUAUGGAUAUGCGUGACGGUAAGAUGCUCAUCAGACUUCUUGAGGUGCUCUCAGGCGAGCGAUUGCCGAAACCAACCCGUGGUAGAAUGCGUAUACAUUGUCUCGAGAACGUGGACAAAGGGUUGCAGUUUUUGCGUGACCAGCAUGUUCAUCUGGAGAAUCUCGGAUCACAUGAUGUCGUGGAUGGGAAUCCCCGACUAACAUUGGGUCUUAUUUGGACCAUCAUUUUACGAUUCCAGAUUCAAGAUAUUACAUUCGAAGAUGCAGACAACCAAGAGACACGCAGUGCUAAGGAGGCUUUAUUACUGUGGUGUCAAAUGAAGACAGCCGGUUAUCCGAACGUAAAUGUUCGAAACUUCAGCACUUCAUGGCGUGAUGGCUUGGCAUUUAAUGCACUCAUUCAUAAACAUCGUCCCGAUCUCAUAGAGUAUGAAAAAUUGCAAAAAUCCAAUGCGCUCUACAACCUAAGUAACGCAUUCGAAACAGCUGAGCAACAACUUGGAUUGAUCAAAUUUUUAGACCCAGAAGAUGUGAAUAUCGAUAUGCCUGAUGAGAAAUCAAUCAUCACCUAUGUCGUGACUUAUUACCAUUAUUUCAAUAAAAUGAAGCAGGAAACUAUCCAGGGAAAAAGAAUUGGAAAGGUAGUGAAUGAGUUGGUGGAGAAUGAAAAACUUAUAAAUAACUACGAACGUCUAUCAAGCGAUUUAUUGGAAUGGAUUCAAAAGACCAUUGAAUCACUGAAUGAUCGUCAUUUUGUCAAUUCGUUAAGCGGCGUACAAAAGCAACUUGCUGAAUUCAACAAUUACCGCACGCAAGAGAAACCGCCGAAGUUCAAUGAAAAAGGUGAAUUAGAAGUACUUCUUUUCACUAUUCGAAGUCGUAUGCGUGCUAAUAAUCAGAGGCCAUAUUUACCAAGAGAUGGCAAACUAAUCGCGGACAUCAAUCGAGCUUGGGAGAAUUUGGAAAGAGCGGAACACGAAAGAGAGCUGACAUUGAAGGAGGAAAUUAUUAGGCAAGAAAAACUUGAACAACUGGCAGCUCGAUUCGAUCGUAAGGCGAGUAUGCGAGAAACCUGGCUUAGCGAAAAUCAGCGACUUGUCAGUCAGGAUAACUUCGGUACUGAUUUGGCUAGUGUAGAGGCAGCUACAAAGAAACACGAAGCAAUAGAGACAGACAUUUACGCAUAUGAAGAACGCGUACAAGCGGUUGUCGCUGUAGCCGGUGAAUUGGAAGCUGAAAAUUAUCAUGAUAUUGAUCGAAUUAAUAACAGAAAGGAGAAUGUUCUACGACUGUGGAAUUACCUGCUUGAAUUAUUGUUGGCACGCCGUGUUCGUUUAGAACUUUCUAUGGCAGUUCAGCGAAUUUUCCAUGAAAUGGUCUAUGUUCUGGAUUGGUGCGAUGAAAUUAAGGCUCGUCUUUUAUCCGAAGAUCUUGGUCAACAUCUUAUGGAUGUCGAAGAUUUGCUACAGAAGCAUGCACUCUUGGAAUCAGAUAUCAAUAUUGUUGGAAAUCGUGUUAAAAAUGUGAACAGCCAAGCGGAAAAAUUUACAUUACCAAACGGUCCGGAUGGCAGUGGGUAUAAACCAGUGGAACCAUCAUUAGUUGAAGAAAGAAUGCAAAUUUUGUUGGAUCGUUAUGCGGAGUUAAAAGAAUUAGCAGUGGAACGCAAACGUCGUUUGGAAGAUAAUAAGCGUUUGUGUCAGUUCUGGUGGGAUGUUGACGAAUUGGAACAUAACUUAAGAGAUAUGGAACAAGUACUCACAUCACCAGAUACUGGACGUGACAUGGUUUCAGUCUCACUACUGCUCGCUAAACAUAAAAAUGCAGAGCAGUCACUCGAUAUGGUUGGUAAACGGUUGGAUGAUCUCGAAAAUGAAGGUCAGCAGUUACAAGAAGAGAAGAUUCCAGGUGCUGAAACUAUAAAUAAUCGUUUGGCUACAAUUCGCGAUUACUUCAGUAAGCUGAAGGAAUUGGCUGGAGAUCGUCAUCUGCGACUUUCCGGAGGUGUCAAUUACUAUCAAUUCUUCAAUGAUGCUGAUGACGUGGACGCGUAUCUUGUUGACACUCUACGUUUAGUGGGUAGUGAAGAUGUUGGGAAAGAUGAAGGUACCGUGCAGUUACUUAUCAAGAAGCACGACGAUGUUAGCGAUGAGUUACUUAAAUUCGAAGAGAAUAUCAAGCAGUUGCAUAUUCAGGCGGAAUCUCUGCCGCCUGAGGCUCGUGAACACCCAGAUGUACGCAGGCGUCUUGACAUGACCGAAAGACGUAAGGCAGAAUUGGAAGAACUUGCAAGACUUAGAAAGCAACGUUUGCUGGAUGCAUUAUCUUUAUACAAACUCUUCAGUGAUGCUGAUAUUAUCGAAGCUUGGAUCGAUGAGAAAGGCAAACUGCUAGCGACGUUAGUACCAACUGAUGAUUUAGAAGAAGUUGAAAUCAUGAAACAUCGUUUUGAAACCCUUGAAGCUGAUAUGAACAACCAAGCAGCUAAAGUUGCAACUGUGAACGAGCUUGCACGUCAGCUUCUUCAUGUUGAUCAUCCAAAUUCAGAUGAAAUCUUGCAAAGGCAGAAUAAGCUUAAUGCGAGAUGGGCACAGUUGCGCGAUAUGGUUGAUCAGAAAAGAUCUGAACUUGAUCAGGCACAUCGUUUGGAAACAUUCCGUAUCGAUUGUCAAGAAACAGUUUCCUGGAUCGAGGAUAAAACCCGGGUACUUGAAGAUGCUAGCGAACUUACUAAUGAUCUCACCGGUGUUAUGAAGCUUCAGCGCCGUUUGUCUAUGAUGGAACGUGAUCUUGGUGCUAUUCAGGCCAAACUUGAUUCACUGCAAAAAGAAGCAUCCGAAAUUGAAAAGGAAAAACCUGCAGAUUCAGUACAGAUACGAGAAAAUAUCAAGCGAAUGCAUCUGGUUUGGGAUCUACUCAAUAGACGUGUACGUGAGCAUGAGGCGAAACUUGAUGAAGCUGGUGAUUUGCAACGAUUCCUUCGUGAUUUGGAUCAUUUUCAAGCUUGGUUGACUGCUACACAGAGACAAGUUGCUUCAGAAGACGAACCACAAUCUCUGGCUGAUGCUGAACAGCUGCUUAAUCAGCACGCAGCAAUUCGGGAAGAAAUUGAUGGUUAUGCAGAAGAUUACGUCAAGAUGCGAGCGAUGGGUGAUCGAGUAACUCAAGAUCAGACUGAUCCUCAAUAUAUGUUCUUACGUCAACGCCUCGCCGGAUUAGAAGAAGGCUGGGAAGAACUGCAAAGAAUGUGGGAUAAUCGACAACAUCUCCUUAGUCAAGGAUUAAAUUUGCAGAUGUUUCUCCGUGAUGCAAAGCAAGCCGAGGUUAUGCUUUCACAACAAGAAAAUUAUUUAUCGAAAGAUGAAACACCGAGCUCAUUAGAGCAAGCUGAAAAUAUGCUCAAGAGACAUCAAGACGUCUUGACAACUAUGGACGCUAAUGAUGAGAAAAUUAAGGCAGUCGUAUCUUUUGGCGAUCAACUUUGUAGUGAUGGCCAUUAUUCAGCUGAUAAAAUUCACAAAAAGGCUCGAAAUAUAGAAGAACGCCGUGAAGCAAAUCGUGAAAAGGCUGCACAGUUGUUGAACAAACUCAAAGAUUCCCUCGCACUACAACAGUUUUUGUCAGAUUGUGAAGAACUCCGGGAGUGGAUCGAAGAAAAAAUGAUUCGUGCACAGGAUGAAACUUACAGAGAUGCCAAAACAAUUACAUCGAGGUUUAUGCGCCAUCAGGCAUUCCAGUCGGAGCUUCAAUCGAAUCGUGAACGACUCGUACAGCUUCAUCAUGCAGCAGUUAAGUUAUCUGAGGAAAAGCCCGAAUUUGUUAGUGCCAUUGAUCCACAGAUUGCUGAUUUGUCAAUGCAGUGGGAGCAGCUCGAGAAAACUACCGAAGAAAAAGGACAGAAGUUAUUUGAUGCCAACAGACAACAACUUUAUGUGCAAAGUAUCUCUGACAUGAAGGAUUGGGCUGAACAGCUUCAACAACAGAUGAUAAUAGAAGAUACAGGGCAGGAUUUGACGACAGUUAAUGUUGCCAUGCAGAAGCAACAGAUGAUCGAAAGUGAAAUGGUGAAACGAGCUGCACAAAUAGAUUCAUUACAGCAAAUGGAACCACAGCUUGAAGAAAUGCACCCAGAUGAGGUGGAAGCAAUUAAAGCACAUCGUCUGGCCGUGCAGGAACAAUUGCAGCAACUACAAGUGCCGCUAGAUGAUCGACGUCGUCAACUAGAGCGCAAAAAGAGAGCCUAUCAAUUCUUGCGUGAUGUUGAAGAUGAAAAACUGUGGUGUACAGAACCGUUACCACUGACGCAAGCGCAUGAACUUGGUGAAAAUCUGUUCGACUGCAAUCGUCUGCAAAAGAAAGUGCAAUCAUUGAAGCACGAAAUUGAUAACCACGAGCCAUGGAUUGAAAAAAUCUGCCAAAACGGUCGUGAAAUGAUUGAGGAAGGCCAUGAAAAUAGUUCAGAAUUUCAGCGAAAAAUUGAUGAAUUGAUGAAAGUAUGGCAGAACUUGAAAGAUUCUCUGAACGCCCGCAAAGAACAACUAGCUGAGAGCGAAAAGGCGCACCAGUUCCUUUACGAUUGCAAUGAAGCAGAAGCAUGGAUGAGCGAACAGGAGCUUUACAUGAUGCAGGACGAGCGUGGUAAGGAUGAAUUCUCAACAGAAAAUCAAAUUAAGAAACAUGAACGUUUGCAACAGGACAUUAAUCAGUAUGCAGAUACCAUUCGGAAUCUGGCUGCACAAGCCCAAAAAUUCGUUGAUGAGAAGCGUCCAUUGUGGGAGCAUAUUAGUGUUCGGCAAGCUCAGAUCGAGAAAUUAUACGCAGGCUUGCAAGAUUUGUGCAAAGAAAGGCGAAAACGUUUGGAUGAGACUCUGCAAUUGUAUGAACUUCAUAGAGAAAUUGAUGAUUUGCUACAGUGGAUCGCAGACAAAGAACUGGUUGCUGGUUCUCAAGACGCAGGACAAGACUAUGAACAUGUACAGAUGCUUAUUGAACGAUUUCUGCAAUUUGCUAGAGAUACUGAAAAUAUUGGAUCAGACCGGGUGGCAAAUGCAAAUAAUGCAUGUGAUCAACUGAUCGCUGUUGGACAUUCGGAUGCUCCGACAAUUGCUCUAUGGAAAGAUAGUCUGAACGAAGCGUGGGAAAACUUGCUUGAACUAAUCGAUACGCGAAUGCAAAUGUUGGAAGCAUCUAGAAUGCUUCACAAAUUUUUCCACGAUUGUCGUGAUUGUCUUUCGCGAAUUUUGGAGAAAAACCAUUCGAUACCGGAAGAUCUUGGUCGCGAUUCAUCUUCAGUUGGUGCAUUGAAGCGGAAGCAUCAGAAUUUUCUUAAAGAUAUCGAGGCUAUAGGUCAACAAGUUUCACAAAUCGAGCGCGAUGCAUUAGAAUUGCGUGAUGCCUAUGCUGGAGACCGAGCAAUCGAAAUAGGUGCACGUGAAGCAGAAGUACACAAAGCAUGGCGACAACUACGCGCAGUGUGCGAUGCACGUUCGAUGCGAUUGGGCGAUACAUCUGAUCUCUUCCGAUUCAUGAGCAUGGUCCGCGAUUUGUUGCUGUGGAUGAAUGAGGUUAAACGAGAAAUGAUGUCACAAGAAAGGCCGAAGGAUGUUUCUGGUGUCGAGUUAUUGAUGAAUAAUCAUCAGAGCUUAAAAGCAGAAAUUGAUGCACGUGAAGAAAAUUUCAACGCAUGCAUAUCACUGGGUCGAGAUCUUUUGAAUCGUAAACACUACGCAUCAUCUGAAAUCGAAAAAAAACUGAUCAAGCUGACGACUGAACGGGCUGAAAUGAUGCGACGAUGGGAAGAUCGUUGGGAGUAUUUGCAGCUAAUAUUGGAAGUAUAUCAGUUCGCAAGGGAUGCGGCAGUGGCUGAAAGUUGGUUGAUGGCGCAAGAACCAUAUCUUAUAUCGAAGGAAUAUGGGCGGAAUCUGGAAGAAACAAUAAAAUUGAUUAAAAAGCACGAGGCUUUCGAAAAGUCUGCUAAUGCUCAGGAAGAACGUUUCUUAGCACUGGAGAAAUUAACAACGUUCGAAUUAAAAGAGAUGCAAAGGCGAGAUAUGGAAGAAGUGGAACGUCGUGCACUUAGUGGGCCGGCUGGUGAUGUGCGCCGUGGAACUCUUCAACGAACAUUAGGUGCAGUAGGCGAACGAUCUGCAGAAACUGCAUUUCCAUUGGAAAGGGGACCUCAAACAUCUGAUGAUUUUGGAGAUGGAAAUUUACACGAUGCAGUUAUGAGCACUGGUAGUGGUACAUCAUUACGAAAAACUAGACAUAAUGCUGAACGUAAUAGUCGAUUAGUGGCAUCAGAACCUUCUGGUUGGCGAUUAUCAUUGUCGAGGUCGGCUCGUUUUGAUGUACACGAUUUACGGGGGAUUGAUAUAGGCGAUGCUUUUGAAGGUGUAUUAAUCAGGAAGCAUACGUAUGAAUCUUUGGAGCGCAAAGCAUCAAGCAGGUCAUGGGAAAAAGUGUAUGCAGUAUUACGCGGGUCACAAUUGGCAUUUUUCAAGGAUCAGAAGCACAUGGAGGAAAAUGCAUUGUUUCGUGGGGAGGAACCAUUAAAUUUGGAGGGCUGUUCAAUUACUGUCGCGGCGGAAUAUACGAAAAAGAAAAAUGUUUUGUCACUGAAAUCCCCGAGUGGAGCAGAGUAUCUGUUACAAACUGCCAGUGAUGAAGACAUGGAAAGAUGGUUGCGACGAUUACAACAUGCUACAGGACAGUCACAGGAAGAAGCAAUCCGUUCCCAAACGUUGUCAAUUGAAGGAUCAUCCAAAGCAAAGAAGGGUUUCUUUAGUCGAGGAAAGAAAUGA